AUGAAGAGUUCCGCGGAGCUUGUGACUUCCGGCUUAGCGGAAUAUCAGGAGGCCAGCAAGAGCUGGAAAGAGACCACUCAGACUCCGAGCGAGCCCACAAUCAUCGACUCAAAGGACAACUUCCUCCUGGCUAGCAGAAACGCAGAGAUGGAAGUUAUUUCCAAUUUGCGAACAAUCAACCUGACGGGCAGCCACCUCCAUGCGCAGCCUGCGUACCAGUACUCCGUCUCCAAUGAAAACCCCUCCUACACCGACUACAAGCCAAUUCAAUUGGAGCUCAUCCCUCUCCCAAAAGCCGUCAUCUACCUGCUUAUGGCGGCAGUGGUGGUGGUGGGCGCUGCUUACGCCAUCGUGGGUCACCUCAUUAAGGAUUUAGCGCAUGACAUUGCAGAUUGCAUCUUAGGGCCUAAUAUGGAAAGUAAAAGUCACUUGGCUCAUGACACGAGAUCUACACGGCCUCUCCUACCACCACCCGGGGAUAAAACAGACGUGUACUGCUUGCCCAGCCAGCCCGAGGUCUGCGUGUCCAUGACGAAAAGCAGCGAGAACCUCUACCUGCCAGCAUCGUAUGGCGGGAACCUCGGUCUGCGCAGAGUCUCCUUGCAAACCGUCUGAAGUCCUGGGACAUGGUACUUCCCGCUGUGUAGUAUAUUCUGACUGAUGACUGAUGGGAGUAUGCGCACAUUACCCAGAAGCCCUCGACUCAGGCCAAGUAUCCAGUUUGGGUGCUGGGGGUGGGAUGCAGGAACGUGGAAUUAAACCAUCACCCACAGCAACCUUAACUAUGACAGUCCCGAGUGUAAGGCAAGUGUGGCGAUUGCCAGAAGUUGACAACGACUCCAUCAGCCAUGCAGGCCAUGUAAUGUAGAUCCAACCAUAGCUUCAAUCUUGGUG